GGGGACUCAAACAAGGUCACCGAUUUCUUAAACACAUAGCAAGCCAUAUAUGAUGCGACUACCAGGAAACAAAUUGAGCAUUUGAGCUGCCUGCUUUGACUUUCCAGCCUAAAUCGGCAACUACAUACAGUCAUCCACCACAGAAGAUCUUUCCGCGUGGUGGUCAUGGCGACGGUGCAGCUCGAAGUGAUAUCGAGAGAGCUCAUCAAACCGUAUUCUCAAACUCCACCUCAUCUAAGAAACUUCAACCUCUCUUACUUCGAUCAGAUCUCAACUCCUAUGUACAUCCCACUUGUUUUUUUCUACAACCCUUGCAAUACCACUGCUAGCACUUCUGAGACAUCCAAUCGCCUCAAAAAAUCUCUAUCUGAAACACUAACCCUGUACUACCCAUUUGCCGGAAAGGUCAAAGAUCGAGAAUUUAUCGACUGCAACGACGAGGGAGUAUUGUUCAUAGAAGCAAAGGUCAAAGUGAAGUUGCCUGAAAUUCUCGACAAUCCGAAAGAUGAAAUCUUGGAAUCAUUAUUUGCAGACAAUUUGCAGUGGAAGGAUACGAGUUUGAGUUCCUUACUUGCUGUACAAGUCAGCUACUUUGAUUGUGGAGGAAUGGCAUUAAGUGUGUGCAUGGCACACAAAAUUGGCGAUGCAGCAACCAUGGUCAACUUCGUCAAUGACUGGGCUGCCAAAUCUUCAAACUCAGGCAAACAAGUGGCCCCAUUACUCUAUACACCCCCAAUUUUUCCGAGAGGCGACCUACCGCUUAAACCGGAAUCUUCCCACAAGAAAGUAAAAUGUAUCUCCAGAAGGUUUGUGUUCGAUGCCCCCAAAAUUGCUGCCCUUAAAGCCAUAGUAGCUGACAGAGUGCAAAAGCCUACAAGAGUAGAGGUUGUGAGUGGUAUACUAUAUAAAUGUGCAAUUUCUACCGCCAAUGCAAAUUCAUCAGGUACAACAAGACCAGCGUUAUUCGUCCAAAAUGUCAACCUCCGAAGCAGGAUGGUUCCUCCGCUGCCAGACAACUAUGUGGGUAACCUCAGUUGGAUAUUUCCGGUUCCGAUGAGAGAAGACAGUUUCCAUAGCUUGGUGGUUCAAAUGAAAGAGGGUUUGUCAGAUUUCUGCAAUACUUAUGUCAAGGAUUCAAGGGGUACUGAUUUGGUCAUGAGCAUUAAGAAAAACAUGGAGAAGGUAAAAGAAAUGUACAAAAGCAGUGAAGUACAAUACAUGUGUAGUGGCUGGUGCAGGUUCCCAAUAUACGAAGCAGAUUUUGGAUGGGGAAAGCCUGUGUGGGUGAGUAUUGGGGCUUGUCUUGACAAGAAUGUUAUGAUUCUAAUGGAUGAUAGAAGUGGUGAUGGGAUCGAAGCUUUUGUGACUCUGGAAGAGCAACAUAUGGCUGCUUUCGAGUCUGAUCAGGAGUUACUAGCAUUUGCUGCUCUAAAUCCAACUCCAAUAGCAAGUCAAGUUUGAUAUAAUAUAUUGUUGCAUUCUCAUACUUGAUUACAAUGUGUCUGUGUUUGUCAAACAAAGACAAGUUCAUGCUUGCAAUUGCAGGCGUAUGAUGUGUCUCUCAGCCUGUAGUUGUUUACACUAUGGUUAAUCUUAGUCCAUACUCAUUGUUUGAGAAUACUCUUUUCAUUUCUAUUUUCUUUUAGUUUGGUCUCAUGUCUACUCCCCCUAUAUAUAUCGAUGUUGAUCUCUCAAAGUUCCUAGAUCAACCCCAUAUACUGCUUAUUUAGUAAGUUCCUUCCCAUUCAGGUAGAAUGAAGCAGCCACGGGGUAUCUGCAUUCAAAGAUGAUGCAGCAACAUUGUGCAGUAUGAUGUAAAAGCAAAUUCAAACUAUCGUAUGCCUUCACAAACUCAAUAAUGUAGCAACACCGAUUGCCACAAUCACAUCAAUCAUAUAUGAUGUAAAGGCUAGUGCACAAUAACUACAUCACUUGACAAAUUCCAUGCCUUAAUUGCUAUAUAU